CCCCCCCCCAGCUGUCUUCUCUCGGGAGUUAGUGAUCCCAUCGUCCCUCGACCCUACUAGGCCUAAAGAGGGGAUGUCUCUACGCUGCGGGAACGCAGCUCGCACCCUGGUGCCCCGGGUGUUUGGAAGAUGUUUAUACAGCCCACUCAGAGCAGUAACUUCCUUGUCAGAUAAAAAAAAGGAAUUUUUACAGAAUGGGCCAGACCUUCAAGAUUUUGUAUCAGGUGAUCUUGCAGACAAGAGCAACUGGGAUGAAUAUAAAGGAAACUUAAAACGCCAGAAAGGAGAAAGGUUGAGACUGCCUCCAUGGCUAAAGACAGAGAUUCCAAUGGGAAAAAAUUACAAUAAACUGAAAAAUACAUUGCGGAAUUUAAAUCUCCAUACAGUGUGUGAGGAAGCUCGAUGUCCCAAUAUUGGAGAGUGUUGGGGAGGUGGUGAAUAUGCCACUGCCACAGCCACAAUCAUGUUGAUGGGUGACACAUGCACAAGAGGUUGCAGAUUUUGUUCUGUUAAGACUGCAAGAAACCCACCUCCUCUGGAUGCCAGCGAGCCCUACAACACCGCAACAGCGAUCGCACAGUGGGGCCUGGAUUACGUUGUCCUGACCUCUGUAGAUCGAGAUGAUAUACCUGAUGGGGGAGCUGAGCACAUUGCAAAGACUGUGUCAUACUUGAAGGAAAGGAAUCCAAAAAUUCUAGUGGAAUGCCUCACCCCUGAUUUCCGAGGAGAUCUUAAAGCAGUAGAAAAGGUUGCCCUGUCAGGAUUAGAUGUUUAUGCGCAUAACGUCGAAACAGUUCGGGAACUACAGGGAAAAGUUCGCGAUCCCCGGGCCAACUUCGACCAGUCUCUGCGUGUGCUGAAACUCGCCAAGGAGGUUCAGCCGGCUAUUAUUUCAAAAACAUCAAUAAUGUUGGGUUUGGGUGAGAACGAUGAGCAAGUGUAUGCAACAAUGAAAGCACUUCGUGGAGCAGAUGUGGACUGUUUAACUUUAGGGCAAUAUAUGCAGCCCACAAAACGCCACCUGAAGGUUGAAGAAUAUAUUACUCCUGAAAAGUUUAAAUACUGGGAAAAAGUAGGACAUGAACUUGGAUUUCAUUACACUGCAAGUGGUCCUCUGGUGCGUUCUUCAUAUAAAGCAGGUGAAUUUUUCCUGAAGAAUCUAGUGGCUAAAAGAAGAAGUCCCUCUAGAACUUAGACAGGAUCUUCAGAGCACAGAAGAUUUACCACUUUGCUGCUAGUUGUCCAGAGGUGUCCGGACGGCCAGACUGCAGCUGUGCUCUGUGCCGAGAGAAGUGUCAGUACGCCGUACAUAUUUACUUACAGUCACUCAUCUGGCAUUGAGCAUACCUUCCUUGUCUAAUAAUCAAUUGCUUGUUAUGCAAUCAUGAAACAUCUUUGUAAGAAUUUACUGUUAACAUUAUAAUUAAUUAUAAUUUAACAUUAAAAACUUCCAGGAGA